AUGCCGGGAAGGCGAUCAACGACUUGUUUGCCAAGAGCUCUGCUGUCCUCGAAGAGGCGCUCAGGCGUUUUCGCAGGAGAGGCCGCCGUCCGCGGCGCCCAGCAGGCUGCGGGCGGAGAAGGUGUCGACGGGGGAGAGCCGGCCCGAGCAGGUCCGGGUCUCGUGGAGCCAGGCGCCAGCUCGAGAGGGGGAGGCCACGGUCGUCGGUUGGCGCGUCGUGGGCGAGGUGCAAGGGUCGGGGCUGGACAGGGCCUGGAGAAGCAAGGUGGAAAGGCAGGAGAAGCAGAGGAGAGGGAGAAGGAAGCCCGAUGGAGGGCGGCUGGGCUGCCCGUCCCACGCAUGCGCCAGGAGGAGGCGGACGCCUUCUUCCCGAGGCAAGCGCUGGAGGUGGAGUUCGUCAUGACAACCAACAGUCCCAAGGCGGAGGUCACGAUUGACCUCCCCCUCGGAGACGUCAGGUACGCGUUUCGCGUGGAGGCGAUCACUUGUGUUGGCAAGGGGCCCCGCUCGGACAAGGUGGUCUACAAGGCCGACCUCGAGUACGACGAGAAGUCCGAGAUGCCUCGGCAGCUCGCUCAAUGGGUAGUCCAGAAGCGGCUGGCGGCAGAAAUCCUGCCCGUCACUGGGAUCAGGCUCUCAGGAGAGGCCCGGAAAGCAGAGUUGAAAGGUUCUCAGGUACUUUCUGAGUUUGAAAAGUUCAGGCAGAUCGACGACGACCUGUCCCAGUUCGCAACCAUCUGGCGUCUGCUGGUUGAAGGCGGGCUCAAGCUCAGCAUCGGUGAGGAAGCGGAGCAGCAGGACGACAAGAAGGACAAGAGGAACAUGCGCGGCGGCAGGUUUUGCAACAAGCAGACCGUCGGAAAGGAUUGGAAUAUCAGACGAGAUUGA